AGUCAGCGUUGCCGUGAAACCACCGACGCCAGCAGGCGAGUCAACCGAACCCGAUUACUGAUGGACAGCUCUUUUAGCCAGUAGGAUUCGAGCUCUUCGGACUUCAUGCCCAAAUAAGUAUAAAGCAGAGGCGGGGUUAAUGUAGUGCCGACUACGAGUCAGUCUAUUGGAGGAGAGAAGGAUGCUCUAUCUAUCUAUCACUGGAGUGGAAUCAGACACCUAUCCAUGAAAAAUAUCCCGUUAUGUCUAGAUGUCAUGGGAGAAAAACUUUUCUCAGAUCCACACCUGAUUAGCAAUUGACUAUGAGUUUCAACUCGGAUAUUUAAUUCACUAAGGACCUUGUAAGAUUAUCCUCGCGCACGGUGCCAAGGCGCUGACCGGUUCUUCUCCAAUCGCCUCGGCCAAAAACAUGAGUUUGUCUGAAUGGAGGCUGUGACGCAAAGCCGAGGAUGGCGCGUGCUUUCACUGUGCUUGAUAACGGUGGUCUCCAUGGCGACCUCAUACCAUCCAGCUCAAGACUGGUCUUUGUCGGAUUCCAACACAGCAAAGCAAUCUUUGAUGGAAUUGCCACAUGAAUUUACUUCACCCACCACCUUACUAUAUCCAUCCUUUGAAGCCUUGGGACAGACAAAUGACAUCCAUAGGACAUACUCCAUCUUGCCUAACAAUGAAUCACCCAAAGCCUCGAAGUACUACUACAGUCACACCAUCAGCAGUGUAUAUGCCUCAGCAUUGAUGCCCCCUCCAAGCUUGAUUGAUGGCACCCAGCUGACAGCACUAAAUGUCCCUUCAGCAGAGCUGGAUUCUUUUGCAGAACCACCAUUUGCACCACCUGAAUUACAGGCAGAAAGAAUUAGCAAUAACGACACUACAUACGGAACGCAAGAAAAACUUUCUAAUCAUUUAGUCCCUAGUCAUGAUGUAAAUAUUCAAAAUGAUGCUACCUUAGAUGAUCAUCAGUUGUAUCCAAGUCAUGCUAUUUUUGGAAAUUAUUAUGUGACCUCAUCCUUCAUAGAACCGACUAUGGGUCCACCAGAGGUCUACUUCCCAGCCAACACUAUGGAUGCAGACUAUGGUUCUGGCUCUGGGGAUUAUUUGGAAACAAUGUCCUACAUGGGAUCUGAGGCAGAUGACUAUUCUUUGGUCACCAAUUUGCCCUCUGACAUGUACGACUUUGAGGACUCAAACUCUGAAUCUUAUGAUACAUCUUUUCCUACAAGGGUAAUGAUUCCUUUGUCCACAAAAUACCCCUCUGCCAGUCCCUCCAAAACGGUCCCUGAUAGACAUGUUACCACAAAUCCUAACAUGGCCUUCAGUAUUACCCAAAAUUCAACUAGUACUUUUCAUGUAACCAGUAGCAAAAUGACAAUUUCUCAAAGUGUAACACCUACAUUAACCAGCAUUCCUAACAGUAUUCCAAACCAUGUAUCAUUUUCCAGCACUAUUCAUGUUGGUGUCCAAGCCAUUCAUCCUACAGCGGUGCAUUCCAGAGCCUCUGCAGAUCAGAUUAACAUAGUCAGUGAAACUUCAGAGUCAUAUUCUAACUGGCCCGACGUUACCAUUGAGCCCAGCGAUGUUCUUCUGCCUGAUAUGAAUAGUCUGGAAUACUACAAUAUUCAGCUCACCAAGAGUAAUGAAAGCUGGACAGAACAACGGGGCAACCAGACCACUUCCAAAUAUUUUUCCCUCCCUCUGUCUGUAAGCACUAUCAGCACCUACACUGUUCCACCCAGUCACGUGUUAACAGCAAUGUAUGGAGAGGACUUGCAGCCCAUGGACAACAACUCCUGGCCUGAAGAAUCUUCUACAGACAUCUCAGGAUUAGAUUUGUCUAACACUACUAUCUUGGAUUUGUCAGACAUAAGACCUAGUCUGAUAAACAGUACAUUUCCAUUUUUGUACUCUUCAGCAGUAACACCUUCCAUGGACAUUUCAUCUUCCCUGUGGGAUCUGGCCAAAACACCUGACUGGAAUAACUCUGAAUCUGUUUCGUCUGCCGUAGCCAGCAGCACCUCCCCAUCAGUGUUUCUUCCACCCUCUGAUUCGGAGGAAACUGACGUCAUAUUUCCAACUUCUACAAACACCUACUGGUCUAUGAACUCUACUUUGCCAGAGAUCUCACUCCCUAGUACUUCACUCAACAAUAAUGUGUUUACCCAGACACAUAAUACCUCUGCAGCACCCACUGACUCAACCCUCAACAGCACCUCUGCCCUUCCUGUGACCGAUUUGGCUGACCAAGGGUUCACAGGAUCAGAGAGACCUUUCAGUGAAGUUACAGAUGAUGGAAUUGUAACAACAAUCAACAAGUCAGGAGUCUCUACCAUUUCAGUAUUAAACAAUGAGACAACUGUGACUACUCCAGGCCCAACAACUGAGGUGUUUAAUACUACAACUCUGACUACAACCCCUUCAGUGACAACCCAGCCUUCUACUCUUCAGACUACCACUGUCCGAGAGUACCUCUGCAACAUUACCAAACCUGAUACCUACUUAGUGCGAGUUGGCUUUCCACUUGGCUCCACAGCUGGUUACGCCAAAGCAAAGGUCAGAGAGAUCCUCAAAGCUGAAUUCAAUCGAUCUGUUGAACUGCAGGUGGUGAAAUCCCCUCCAGACUUUGUGUUUCGGGCUGUGUCUGGUCCUGUUGUCUACACAGCCAUAUCAGUUAUGAAUGCUUUGAGGCGGUUUACAUACACAUCUAACACCAUUCUCAGUGUUUCCCCAAUCAGUCCUGUGCCAGGCCUGCAGUACCACCUCCACUCUGUGCUUCAGUUUUUGCCCGUACACAUAGACAUGCAUGUGUGCACAUUCAUCGAACACAUUGAGAGAGGCCUGAUUUACGCUUUCUCCGAAGUGCGUCAUCGCUUGAAGGAGUCUACCGACUUUACUGUGCACAUAUUGAACAUCACCAUGAGCUCUGUGGGACCAACACAGAGGCAGCUUUAUGGCCCGGUUGAUAUUACCUUCGUGGUUCGUGAUACUCAAGGGUACAUACUAGGGUCAGAGGUCAGCAGUCGCCUGAGACGUCUCAGUGUGGUGGAGUUUAGCUACUAUCUGGGAUACCCGGUUCAGCAGAUCGCAGAACCAUUUCACUACCCUGAGCUGAACACAACGCAGUUACUUCGCUCUUCAUGGGUGAGAACAGUUUUGCUGGGUGUGCUGGAGCAUGAUGUGAGUGAUAGGAUUUUCCAAGCAAAGAUGGAGAGGAGAUUAGCGCUCCUGCUUGGAGAGGGGCUUUCUGCAGGCCGACGCCUUAAAAGGGCCACCAGCGUGGGCAACAACAGCGUACAGAUUGUGCAGAUCACUCGCCUAACAGAACCAGAUAACCCCCUGGAGAUGAUCUACUUUGUGGAAGGUGCUAAUGGUGAAAGGUUGCCUGCUGUCACCACCGCAAACCUGCUCAACAGGCUGGACGUACAGCAUGCGGCCAUCUUGCUGGGAUACCGUAUCCAGGGAAUUCUGGCACAGCCUGUGGAGAAGCAGGUAUCAUUGCCAUCUGAAACCGAGAAUACUAACACAUGGAUUAUAGUAGGAGUAGUGGUGCCUGUGCUGGUGGUGAUGAUCAUCAUAAGCAUACUGUACUGGAAACUGUGUCGGACAGACAAACUGGAGUUUCAGCCAGACACCAUGAGCACUGUUCAGCAGAGGCAGAAGCUGCAGACUCCCAGUGUGAAGGGCUUUGACUUUGCCAAGCUGCACCUGGGCCAGCACAGUAAAGAUGACCUCAGAGUGAUCCAGGAACCGCUACCAGCUCCAGCUAAAGAGCCGAGCGCCAACGAGAACACAGAAGCCUCCACACCCAAAUCUAAAGGCUCCUCAACCAAGGCCUCACGUAACAGCCAGCACAGGAGGGGACAGAUCUCUCCUUCCGAUGGCGAUUCUCUGGGAAGCGAGCCAUUCAGUGAGAGGGACUCUCCGAAGGCGAACACGAGACAAACCGGACUGUCCAGUGAUCCCAAGCAACCUCGUAAGACGGCCCCUAUUGGAUUAAACGGUCCUCCUCCACUGAGCGGUGCAGACGAUCAGGUAUCAUCAGCCUCCAUAUUUGAGCAUGUGGACCGAAUGUCCCGCUCAGCAGACAGUGCCAACAAGCGCUUCUCCAAUAAGAUCCAGCUGAUUGCCAUGCAGCCCAUGCCAGCUCUGCCCUUACCCUGCCCUACAGUCGACACCAAGACUGCCGACAACACCAAGAUGAACAAGGAGAUCCAGGUUGCUCUAAGGCAAAAGUCUGAGAUUGAGCACCAUCGCAAUAAGAUCCGUCUCAGGGCUAAGAGGAAGGGCCACUAUGACUUCCCUGCCAUGGAUGAUCUCAUGGACAGCCUGGGGGAUGCCAAAGAGCAGGACCGCAUCUACCAGAAGGCUCAAAUGCAGAUUGAUAAGAUCCUGGACCCGGAUAGCCGUGUAUCUCCGCUCUACACUGAGCCCAAGAAAAGAGAAAAGCGUUCUCCUAAGCAGAGAAAGAAGCAGCAGAUGAACGGAGAUCUGGCGGACGCAGACAGAGACAGACUUAUCACCAAUGAGAGUGACGGCACAUACAAGAAAUACCCAGGAGUCAACAAUGUAGCAUAUGUGUCGGAUCCUGAUCAGGGCCCUGAAGCACAAAGUCCAUCCCCGACUGAUGACGUCUUUCUGAGCUCAAUGUCACCCCCAGGAGCACCUCCACCCUACCUGCCACCUCAGCCCUCUAUAGAGGAGGCCCGGCAGCAAAUGCACUCGCUGCUUGAUGAUGCUUUUGCCCUGGUGUCCCCCACUUCACAGGCUUCCAAUGCGGGCAUCACGCUUCCUGGGCUGGGGGUCAGGAGUGAACACACAGCUCUUUCUAGCCCUCCAUCACGUGGCCCACGACCCUGCGGGCCUACGUAUCCUGUGCUCAGCCCCUUCUCCGGUAGAUAUUCUGAUUUAGGCCUGUCACCUACAACAGUACAAGGCUUAAUGCACAGGCCGGGUUUGGGAUGUGUUUACCCUCAAGGGGAAGGAGUUGGUGGAGAGCAACUGCAGUCGGAGGGGCUCUACAACAGCAGAGGGGGCUAUAUUGAUGAGCCGCCCUCUUCUGCCAGGCCUCGGCCAGUAGGGGGCACAACAGGUGCUCAGCUACACCCCAUGACACAGGUGAGUUUGUCAGGUCGUGUGAACGAGGGCAGGCAACCUGGUGCCUUAAACUGGGGGCCUUAUCAUGAAGAGGACUUCAGACCUGUGAACAGAGAUCCUGUUCUCAACUCUUUCGACUACCCCCUCGUCUCUGUGUUCCAGACCCCCAGGAGCGGAAUGAGAGAACCGUCUGCCCCCCCUGCCCACCUGGACUCAAUGGGCCUGGGUUUCUCUCCGUCUGCUCCUCCAGAGGAGUCUAUUCCUCCCAGCCAUUCCUCUGCCUCGCUCAUCAAAGCCAUCCGCGAGGAGUUGAUGCGCCUUUCCCAGACCCAAGCAGCCCCCGCAGGCUACCACAGCUGAGAGCUGCUUCCUCUUGACACUCGGCCAGCAAUACUGCACUGUACUUCCUAUGGAAGUGGUUUUUGAGUAGGAAGCCCAAAGAAGAAGUGUGCUAGAAAAUGAGGAACUUGUCUCUGACAUGACUACUACACUGGCAGCCAAAGUUUUACCUGAUGUCAGUGCUAAGUAUUAUAUCUGAGUGAAAGGCCAUCACUUAGACCCUUUAAUAUCCACCUUGUGACCCCUUUUUAGCACGGAUGAACAAACAUGCACUGUAUAUCGAUUGUUAAACAACACUGUCUUUGAUUCAGUACUGGUACUUUUUUUAGUAGUUGUUUAAUUGGUUUUUACACUGAAAGCGUUUACCUUACUUAACUGAGGUGUCAUGGCAGCCCAGAAUUCGUGGUAGCAAUUAACUGUUGUACUGUUUUUUUGGCGAUGCCUGGGAUACGACAGCCAAAACCUCACCACCACCACACAUUCCUUAAGACUUUUGCUCUCAGAACUGGUGGAGUACUGUGUAUUUUCUUCACUACCUUUGCAUUAUAAUGCAAAUACUCUUUCACAGUCUUUCACAAAGCAUUUGAUUGAGUGAAAAGCAUAUGGUUUGCGCUUUGUUAUUUUUAACCAGCAGCUGUUGCUUUGCUGUGCACUAUUUUUUCUAGAUUUGCAAUAGUUUUUUUCUUCUUAUAAGCUUCUGCUUUUCUCCAUCCUGCUGUGGUGCUACUGUGUUUUUUUUUUUUUUGUUGUUUUUUUUUUUAAUUCAGUUUUGUUUUUUGUCCUAUAAACCACACAUAACCAUUAAAAAGAGCUCCUUGCCCAUUCCAAAAUCUCAGCAUAUAUGCAUGGACUUCUGAAUGCUUAAACCCCACAUAACAGUCCCUUCAGGAUUUUGUGAACAAAAUGGUGUAAAUUCCACAGUAUGCAAAGGAGCUUGCAAUUUUUU